AUGCCACGAGAAAUAAAAGAAGUUCAAGAUUUUCUUAUAAAAUCACGUCGUUCAGAUGCGCGUGCUGUGAAAAUCAAGAAGAAUCCUACGAAUACUAAAUUCAAUAUCAGCUGCUCGCGCUUUUUGUACACGCUAGUGGUACAGGAUAAGGAAAAAGCGGACAAAAUUAAGCAAUCUUCGCGCUCAGGAUUGCAAGUCAAGGAGGUCAAGUAG